AUGCCUAGUCUAGGUUUAAAGGCCACGGUGUUGUUCGCACUGUUUAAUGUAACAGCGUUGACAACAGCCACUGGCAAACACCACCAGGAAACAGACGACUAUAAUUAUCCAAAUCCAAGGGAAAACUCAUCCACGGGUGAACUAACGUACCCAUACUUCAAUGUCCACUACCAUUUCAACAAAUACGAUUGGAACAAAGCACUAGAUGACCAGCAUAGAAUAAUCGCACUCCGUCAACGGCUUGCACAGAUAAAACGUAGAAUCAAUGCAGACCAUAGACGUACAAAGGAUUUUCUAAAUAAACAAAAUGCAAUGCUAACAGAUGCCAGAGCAAACCUAUUCCAACGAGCGCUAUACAAUACCACAAAACCGAGAAAUGCUAGAGGCUUCAAAAAAACACCACCGGAUAUACACGACAGAAUACACCUACUAAACGAUGAAUACUACGAACCUAUACCCGCGAGUGACUUCAUUAACAUCAACGAACCGUACUAUUUCGAGAUGCUGGCAAACCAACUAAGAUGA